GGCAGAACAGAAACACACUGGAAACUCACGUUGCCCGUACGUAGACAGACUGUGUAUAUGUUUCGUACAGAACGGUUUAGAACGAACGCUUCCGUGGUUCGCGGCGCGAUUUCGUCUGAUUUCGAGUGCUGUGCACGUCGAAGCGCGCGAUUUUCACCCCGCGACGGCGGCGAUCGAUUUUCCUUCCGUUGACGUUCACUGGGAUCGAGUCUACGUCUAGGUUAGGACAGAAAAUAGUGACCGCAGUUGCAUCGGCUGCACAACGUGCACGGUGCACCAACACGAUCGUAUCAUCAUGAGCCUCCUGGUGCGGCAUUGCUGUGAUUUCUUUCAUGUUGUCGGUGUCUAGUCGUUAAGCCGAAUGCGUGAGGGUACCGGCAUCCGGGGCAGCAGCAGCAGCAGCAGCAGCAGCACCGUCGUCAGGCGGUGAUCAUCCAUUUGAAGGGGCUUGACAAAGAUGAGUAACUCGUCGGUGUUGCUGGAGGCGCGGCCUUUCAGGCCCUUCCGUUCUAGCGAAGAAUAUCUGUACGCGAUGAAGGAAGAUCUGGCCGAAUGGUUGCACACCAUGUACCCGCAUCUACAAAUACAGGUGGACAACUUCAUGGAGAAGCUCGAAACGGGCGUUGCCCUUUGCGAGCAUGCGAACGCCGUACGGGCACAGGCUCACGAGUACGUGGCGAAGAAGCAGGCGAAGAAAGUGAUGACGAGGUCGGUGACAGGGUCGCUGGCCAUCGCCCAAGACCUCCACAGGAUACCGGAGGUCAAAUACUUCAAUACGGCCAAGCCGGGCACAUUUUUCGCUAGGGACAACGUGAGCAAUUUUAUUAAUUGGUGCAGAAAUGCUUUAAAAAUAAUAGAAUGUUUGUUGUUUGAGUCGGAUGACUUGAUCAUGAGGAAGAACGAGAAGCACGUCAUUUUGUGUUUGCUGGAAGUUGCCAGGAGAGGAGCCAAAUUUGGAAUGUUAGCUCCGAUGCUAGUGCAAAUGGAAAGACAGAUUGAUCGUGAAAUAGCGGCAGAUCAAAAGAAGAACGGCCUAAUAUACAAUGAGAACACCGAAAAUCAAACUAAAUUCGAUGGUGAUAGUGAUAGCGAAUUGGAAGACGAAGAAACUGUACUUAUGUACGGGCCUGUGCCACAAAUUGUGACAAACGACUUGAAGUGCCUUGACGAUAUGGUGAGAGAUUUGGUAGCACAAUGCACGUGUCCAACACAAUUCCCUAUGAUACGGGUCUCUGAUGGAAAAUAUAGGAUAGGCGAUACUAAAGUACUUAUUUUUGUUAGGAUUCUCCGCAAUCAUGUAAUGGUUCGAGUCGGCGGAGGAUGGGAUACAUUGGCUCAUUAUUUAGAUAAGCACGAUCCGUGCAGAUGCCGCAGUCAGCACAGAACGACGCAAGGUGCUAAAUUAGUUAGUAAGCAAGGAGCACAAGACUUACACGGAUCCCAUGUCUAUUAUAACAGAGUCCCUACGACGUGCGAUCAGGGGGUGAACAGCAGCAGCGGUAGCGGUGCAGGGCCGACGAUGGGGGCGGGGACGGCCUCGAACGGUAGUGCCCUUUUGGGUCCGCCCAUGCACAGCCUGAACAGAUCGCGGUCUCGUUCGCCGUCGCAAUUGUUGGCCUCCGCCUCCGCCCCUAGACGUUCUAUCAGUCCCGCGCCGUCCAAACAACCACACUUGUUGCAAGCGACCACCGAUCGACGGUCGCGCAGUCCGACGCCUAACUUCACUUCCACCUACACCGCCAAACUGGCUUCAUCGGCCCCCUGCUCCUCCAAACACACCCCAACGACCGUCCAUGCCUAUGCCGUCGCCAAUUCUACCCCUAAACCUGCUAAGACGAUCCCCCAGCAGCCUCAGCAACACGUCACCACCACCGGCUUGCUGCAAAUCGAUGUCGAUUCACAGGUGCUAAAAAGUGAGACGAGUCUUCAAGUGAAUGAUACCGAUCACAGUGACAGCACAUCAGAAAUGUCCGAUGAAGGAUAUCGAAGCCUAGGAAUUAUCCAGGAUAAAAACAAACAACCUCCGUCCCAGCAAAACUCCUUGGAUGCCACCGAAAAUGCAGCAGAGCAUCAGCAAAUAUAUACAGGGGACGAACUAAACGAUUACGGCUUGAGGAAAACUCAGUUUUCCCACAUCUACGAGGAUGACGGUACAACUGCAGGCGAUGAUAAACCAACAAACAAGCCCAAGUUAGAGGAAUGGCUGUACGAGCAACAGCAUUCUAAGGAAGUGUCACCGACGACAAAAACGCAGUCGGAACGAAGUACGAACGCAGGAGGGGGAGAUGGGGGAUGCGGGUCGACUGCUGCUGCUGCUGCUGCUGCUGCUGCCGGCACCGUCAAGAGAGCACACAGUAGCGUAGGGGUAGGGGGAGCAUUGCGCAGGAAACAAAGGUCUUUUUGCACGUCCAGCAUGCCGGCCAGAACUACGGAAACCACCGUUUCUGCAGCUGCUUCCAACAGAGUUCAGGCUGCUACGAAAAAAUCGACAGCAGGCACCGGCGGAUGCGACUCUAAAACAAACACCUGGAGCGGAAGGUUGAAAACCACCGUCAAUAGCAGUAGGCAUACUCUUACAUCCGAUACAUUCGUAUCGCCAUUUCAACGAAAUGCCACAAGUAGGAGAAGCGCUUCGGCUGUUCACUACAGCAGGAGAUCAUCAUCUGCAAAUUCGUCACCGACAAAAAGCCGAUUGAAACAGGAACUACUCCAGACUGUCAAGCAAAUCGACGAUGAAACUGCUAUUGUAGAACAGGUGCAAGAAUUAUUAAAACGUUACAAGAGCCUAAACACUUUGGACGAUAAAGAGUUCUCAUCGAGUAAUCCUCGGAAGCACGUCCCGGAAAUAUACAGUCCAAGGAAGGAUUCGAGGCCGGAAAAUCAUGUAUCGCGCAUACCAGCACCUUUAUUUCCAAGUAAAACAUAAGCAAAACGCCGCCGCUGCCGCCCCCAUACUACACCAAAUUUACGUAGACUAUACUGCUGCUGUGUAUACAAACAGUGGAUAUUUUUUAUAUUGGCUCAAAGAGCAACACGUUGACAUUCAGAUACUUUUAUCAUUAGAAAGUGUUCCUAGAACCGAGUGAUUGAUUUUUUAUCAAAAUCGAGUUUUAUAUUGUGAUCGUAUAAAUUAUCGUCCACAGGAGGAAACUAUCCCGAAAUGGUUUAGAACUACCAGUAGCCAAUCGCAAUGCGGCGCUGGAAUCACCUGACCCUAUUGCAGAACGGUUCGAGGACGCUUCUCCUUGUAGAAUCCGAAUAAGAUUAUAAAUAUAACGAUUCAAGAUUUUAUACAGUACAUAUAAUUAUUAACCAUUAUCGCAAGUUGUUGUAAUACAUCCAGUGGAAAAGUUCAGUUUUUGAUUUAAGAAAAAAAUACAAACUUAAUGAAAUAAAAUAUUUAUUACUGUCAACAUAUCCGUAAAUUCGGCGGGUUUUAUUUCUUAAAUAUCACGUUGCGCUCCAGUCCAACAUUCCAUUGUGACUAUUUAGCGUAUACAGUUGGCGCGUAAUUCAAAUUUGAAAUGUGAACUUUUCCGCUGGACACCCGGUAUUUCGCCCGUAUCAUUAAAACCGAGUAAAUCACUUCUGUAAUUCGUUAUGACAAUCGAAAUAUUCGAAUACGUGUUAAACAUUACGAAAUCAGUUCAUUAUAGAUAAGAGAAUAUCUAAUCGAAGAUAAAUAAUAUCAAGUAACGCAUGAUGAUCUUGCAAUUGUCAUGUAGAUUAUUCUUAUUGAAUAUCGUAGUUGCAUUUGUGGAUCCUCUAAAACGUGCAAUACUUUUGAUGCAAUAUUCGAUCAUGACUAGGGUCAUAUUUUUGCAUAUUGUUGUAACGAAAUCGAUAUCUUGUACUGACAUCACACAAGUGGAACAGGUGAGACGUUACCGUACGGACGCUAGUGUAUCUCGUACCUCGUACGUGUUUUAUUAUCAUAUUUUUAUUCCAAAUCCGUUGUCGGGUUAGGUAAUACUUCUGCAACCAUUCUUAUAACCUAGAAUAAAGUUAAGGCAGCCACCGCUUACAUUGAUUAGACCUGUCAUUUAUUUGAAUUUGAGGAUUUAUCCUGAAGAUUGACAUUAGCAGUUAUAGCAGAAUAAGUUAAUAAAUUGGGUACUUACAACAGUAAUGGUAUCUACAGUAUUUUAUUUAUCUUGCAGAGAAACGAUUGACUAUAUCUGAUUACUUGAAAGGUUUUUUGGGAAGUCGUAAUAUCCAAAACUCUUUCAUGGCAAUGGACCACUAAUUUUUUGUACGGGUCUUGUUGAAUAUGAUGUAACAGUCACAGCACACAAAAUUGCAGUUUAGCCGAUUACUCUGUACCUACAUUAUCUGAAUUAAUAUUUCACCAAUAGUUUUUUUCAAACGAUUCAUCAUUUGGGAACAUCGUAUGUAUAGACAUUCUAAAAAAAAUGGCGAUAUCUCACAAACCGUGUAUAAUCGGAUAAAAACAUACGUUAUAUGGUUUUUCUGUUUGAAAACGAUCUUCCGUAUCACCUCCUUCCGUUUGAUACACGACUCUCGGGACACCCUGUAUAUCUCGGCUAUGUCACAACAUUAUUAUCUGCAGUGUGUAUACACACGCGCUUUUCAGAAUUUCGGAUCAGAAAAGCUACAAAAUGAGGCAAGAAUGACUAACGAAAUUAUACGUGUCGCUUCAAGUUACAUUGACUAGAAAUCCAAUUAUUUGGUGGCAAUCUGAUAGCAGGGUCUGCAAAUCUGUCGGAAAUACAACCGGGACAUACUAAAAAUGUUGUUGCAUGUUGCUAGCUAUUCUAUUGCAACUGGGAUAAUGCAGUAAAAAUAUUGCCUGUUUAGAGACUCCAUUCUAUUGGACCUCGUUAGAGAUAGUUUUAUGUAGUAUAGAAAUCUAUAAUAUUUGACCUCUAGUAGUAUUUUUCAUACACAUUAACACAUUGUAGGAAUUGAUUUAUAUAUAUAUCUGCAGAAAGUUUUUACUAAGGGAUAUGCUAUUAUGCAACUAUAAAAGUGGAUAUAUACCCGUAUACGACCGCACAUUAUUUAUCGAAUAUGAUUUUCGCAAAUAUUAAUCACUUAUUAUGUAUCACAGAAUUUCUUCAGCCUGUUUACACUUAAUUGAAAACAUUCUUUAGGUAUUUGCCAGUGUUUAUACAGGGUUAUCCAAAUUAAGUGUCCACCAUUGGUAACUUUGUUAUUAGUAAAAAUACAAAGUUGUUUAAAUUAGCAAACUAGUAGCAUUUUUAACGCUGGUAAAAAUGAGAAAUAAAAAAAAACAAUUGAG